AUGUGGGAAUCAGCAAAUACAACAGCUACAAAUACAAUUGAUUAUAAUUCUCAAAUAUCAUUUUAUGAAUAUCCACCACAAAAACCAUUUAUUAAUUCAAUUUAUCAACCAUUAAGAUCAUCAAAUUCAUUAUCGAAAACAGUUGUUUUACCAGAAUCUAAUCGAGAUCAAUUACUAACAACAUUACAAGCUUUAUCAUUGAGAAUAAAAACAUUAGAAAAUGAACGAGAGAAAGCUGAAUUAAAUUUACAUCAAAUUACAAAUGAUAUUCAUCAACCACGAAUUCAUCAUAAACAUGUACAAAAUACAUCUGACAAACAAAUGAAAAAAGGAAAUCAAGAUCAUUAUUCUUCUCAAGAUCAAUACAAUAAUAAAACACUUCAAAUAACAAAUGAAGAUCGACCUCGAAAGAUUCGAACAGGACGUAAAAAGAAACGAUCAUAUCAAGAAAACGAUAAUUUUGAUAUAGGAAAUAGUGAAGGGCGACAUUUUCAUGUUGAUAUUAAUACUGUACCAUUUAUUCUUGGUGCAUCAACAACACCAAGUCAUAAUGUUAAAUCAAAUCUACAAAAUGUAAUUGCUUUAUUAAAAAAUCAUAAUCAUCACUUAUGUUUUUCAUCGAAAGAAUAUUCUGAACUACUUCAUUCUAAUGUUAAAAAUGAUUUUUCACCCCAUAAUGAUCAUUAUAAUAAAUCAUCAAGAACACGUUCGUCAUCAGCAUCACCAGUUCGUUCAAAGUCAACAUCAAUAAGACGGUCACAUUCAGCUGUUCGUCGUCCUCAAAGUUCGAUUAAUUCUGAUAGACAAUGUUAUUCUAGAAUAAAAUCUCUUCGACAAGAAUUUGAAAUACUUGCACGUGAACAUACAAGUUUAAAUACAUCUCGAGCAAAUUCAAGAGAAUUAGAAAUUAUUAAUCGACGAAUGGAAAUGAUUCUGGAUGAAUUAGAACGUUUACAAAGACAAAUAAAAAUUUCAUCAAGAAAAUCAUCGUCAUUUCGAGAUCAAAUUGAAUCAGAAAAAAUUGAAACACCUUUAGAAACAUUAAGAAAAACAAGAUUACUUCAAAUUAUUCUUAAAGAUCCAACUAAUAGACAAUUAUGUCGAGAACGUUCUCAUCGAAGACGAUCAAAUAUAAAUGACUAA